AUGGAUCGACGUCAUCAUGCUCAAUUCCUCUGGGCAAAUUCGCAUCCAUCACUGACCGAUACAAGUGAGACAUCAUGGGAAAGUAGCUUCAGCAGUACAGACACUGGUGAUUUAUAUCGAAUGGCUGAUUCUCCACGAAUGCUUUCAUCGUCAGCUGCAACUUCCCGUGUUCUGCCUCAAUGUGUUCCAUCAACUUCAUUUGCUACAAGUACAGUAAUAGAUUUGAAUAGACAUCUGAAUUCAUCUUUCUUAGCCGAAUAUCAGAACCAGUUGUUCCAACAACGGUACGGUCAUGUGGUACAUAAGCAUGCCAACCAUGAAUCUUUGCUCAAAAUGCAUAAUGCGCCUGUUAUUGUCGAACCUGAAAUCGACGUGGACGUAGUAAGCUUACCCGAAACAGAAUCUAAUGAUUCCUCUUGUGAGGAGAAAUCUACAACUACCGUUAUAACCAAUUCAAACAUGCCAUCACAAACAUUUCGUCCGACAGUUAUCGUCGGCAAAUCAUCCCCUCAAGUAAGUAAGCUGACCAUGACUCGAAGUGUAUCAAAUGCUGCAGCAGAAGAACCUGUGCAUGAGCACUUCCGUCGUUCAUUGAGUGGAAAAUGGCCAAGAAGAUGUAAAACAGAAGAUGAGAAGAGUCGUUCAUCACCAUUUCGAAGACAUACAUCAUUCAAUACUCAUACAUCCAUCCAAGUUGUUUGUUCAAAGAAUAUAGAUAUUGAAGAUCAUUUUCGUAAAGCAUUAGGUUUUGAAGAAUAUGAAGCUUGGAAGAAGAAAAGAAAUCAAUGA